AUGUUAAUAAAAAGUGCACCGGCAAAUAAAUCUCAUUGUUUCACUUUGAAAGCAAGUAGUCAUGAAUCGAUUGCAGAUUUACCAUUGGGUUUUGUUUACUUACACGAUAUCGCACCCGACAUUCAAGUCAGUUUACGUUAUGCAAGUGAGGAAAAUUUCAUUGGUCGUGUCGUCAAUGGAUAUAAAGCAAAUAUUUCCAUUAUGACAGAGGCAGCAGCUUUGUCUCUCAAACGAGCACAAACAUUAGCAAAGAAUGAUGGCUUUGAAUUAGUUAUUUACGAUUCGUAUCGUCCACAGAAAAGUGUUGAUCAAUUCGUAGUUUGGAGUCAAAAUGCUUCUGAUCAAAUAAAAAAACAGAGUUACUAUCCUCGGGUUAUUAAAUUAGAUGAGUUUGAUCUUGGCUUUACAGCCAACCAAUCCGGUCACACUCGUGGUAGCACUAUUGAUCUAACUCUUAUCAAGUCUGGGAAAAAAGUAAUACAUCCAAUUCAGUAUGUUAAUCGAACACUCACUGAUAACUACAUAAUCUGGCUGCUUGAUGACGGAACUGUAGACAUGGAUUCUUCAUUCGAUUUGUCCGAUGAGGCUUCUCAUACGAAUAGUACUUUGGUGAAUGAUGACUAUUGACAAACACGAGCAUACUUAAAACGAAUAAUGGAAAUGGCAAGCUUUUCAAACUACCCUUUGGAAUGGUGGCACUACACAUUGAAUAACGAGACAUUUCCCGGUACCUACUUUGAUUUUGAUAUUGAAGAAACGCCUUUAAAAAAUAACGGACGUCAACAGUUAUUGAACUUCACUGUUAUAGAUUUGUCUCAUAUAUUCUAUACUUUUUUAGCACUACGAACGCGGCACACAAGUACGAUCAUUAUCUGUCGGUGUGAGUGUGGAAGUGAGCCAUCUUUUCAUACUUCCACACGAACUUGUUUACUUUUUCCACUACCAAUAAGACGUGUAGUACCACCUGAAAUUAUACUGGUAUCAUGCUAAGACAAAUUAUCCAAGGAUGAUUUAUUGUUACCUUGUUGCGUAGAAUCAGUCCAUUUUGAUUGAACACUUUUAUUCGCUGAGUCAAUCAACUUGUGUGUCGCGUUCGUAGUGCUAAAAAAGUAUAGAAUAUAUGAGACAAAUCUAUAACAGUGAAGUUCAAUAACU